CGCUUUGCAGAAUCGCCUGGCGUUGUAGGGAAACCCUUCAGUCACAGCAGCACGCAAAGAAACAGCCUUGAGAAAAAGCUCUUUUCUCAUUUCGAGGUUAGUAGGUGAAGAAAAAAGCGAUGGCUGGCUGAUUCUCGCUCAUUCCAACACGUUUGCGGCUCUGCUAUGGCUGAUCGGGCAACGUAACGAAACAAGUACGAAAUGUGCAUGUGCCCUCUAUUGCAUCUCUUUGUUGUGAACCCCGAGCAGCUGCGUGAAUCUGAAUCGAUAACCGUGAAGACCACACCCUGAAUUAGUACCCGCGCUGUUAUUCUUGUCUUUUGUUUUGCACGCAGGGCACUCUCACUUUCUGAUUCAUCAUAUUCGUAUAGUAACAGUCCCUCUUUUUGUUUCAUAUUUCGCUCGUGUCGCUCUGUGGCAUAGUUCUCGAAUCUCUCCAUGCCACUUAUUUAUUGUACUACUAUACUUUGUGUCUGGACGAAUUAUUAGAAUUGCCAAACUUUCUAGAAUUGUACGAAACUUCUUAAGUACAUUUGGUUUUUCGACUUGCAAAUAGCCAAGGAGAUUUCACGCUUCGGCUAAAGCUGCAAGUUGAGAACAAUUCCGUGUCUGUGCAACAAUUAUGUUGUUCAUGUCCCUGAUCUAUUUAUUAUCGUCGCAGUUUUCAGUCAGCAAAUAACGCGUCCCGAAAUAUCGUCAGUUUAGAGGCAAAUCGAUAACGUAACAUCGUCGGAAAAAAACUUUCUGUUUUCCCACAUUUCGUAUAAAUUUUUGCUUUUCAAUCAUCCGAAAAUUCUGCCUUCCUUGUUGCGUCUCGUAUUUUGCCAUUGUGGGUAAAUAUGCAACACACCACGUAGAAAUAGCCAUACUUAUCUUCGCAUUGAGGGACGACAUAAGAACUUACGAGACUUUCCACAGUUUGAAAAUGCAUUUAUUCCUUUUUCAGUCUGGUCUGGAAUUCACGCUGCGUUUACGCUACCAAAGUCACGCUGCAUUUACGCUACCAAGUUCACGCUCACCGAUCAAGGCUACAUGAAAUCCAUAUUGCUAAACGGAUGUGCCAGCCUAUCAAGUUAGACCAGCCAUAUUUUUAUUUUAUGCUUUCAUCUUCGUUGCAACAAGGAUACAAUAUGAGGCAUGCAGAAUUAUAGGACGCGUGAAUGCGAUCUCAAAUGGAUGUUUUUACAAGUUCAUUAGAGCGGGCCGAUAAAACAUUUGUUCCAAGUUUCUGAUAUCGGUUCAUCGAUUGUUCUAUUGACUGUUGACGAUUCGCAGUCAAUGCACCGUGAUGUUCGAAAUGAAUCUCAGUUUCUAAAGCUUUCCAUCCAUGUGGUUUUUUGUACUGAUGUCGGAGAUUCCGAAAAAAACCCAGUACCAAAACCAGGAAGAAAGUGGACAUCUGUUUUUUAUUUUCCAUCAAAUUUUCUAUCGCAAGAUUUGUGCAAUGUCCAUCUUCAAUGAUUGCCUCAUCUGCAUAGUGGGUGAAAACAAGCUUCCACUGAGAUGGUGGUGAAGAUGUGGUGGAAAAUGAAAAGAUGACUUCGAUACAGCAAAAGAAAAAAGUCUUUACUGUUUGGAUUAUUCAUUGCCCGUCAGUCGAGAGGUGCAGUGUAGUUUUGCACGUAAAUCUCGAUCCUGCUGGAAAUAUGAAACUCAUCGUGGGAACGGUUUGUCUGUGUCUCGUUCACCUGGGCAGAGCUGCCCUUUGGAGUGCUCCAUUAAACCCAGAUCAAGAUCACGACAGUUUGGAUUGGCGGCCAAUUGUUGAGCGUUAUUCUAGACGGAUAAACCACACACAGUUUGAGGCACUCGGUGUUGACGUUAAACAGAACUCAUCUCUAUUUUCGUUCUUCCAUACAAAUAAAAUUGAAGAUACGCAAUCCAGAAAGACAUUUUGCAAUCCAACAGCACCACCGAAAUGCGUCGACAAAACGUUUGGCUUCUGUUUAAGUGAUAGUGAUUACCCAGAAGACGAAAUCAAAGUGGCUACAGAAUUUUCUGAAAUAGCCAAUGCGUUUACCUAUAAACUAGUUGACAAUUCAGUUGACACAGAGCUGGAAUACGGACAUAAAAAGAGUAGCUGUUCAUCGGUUAGUCUUUUAGUUAAACCUCUACGUGUACGUAACGUUAACGGGCAUUGGCGAGUGAUUGUUCAAGAAGCCAGUGACAUCUUUCAACGAGAAAGGGUUGUCCUUUGUGUCAAUCCGGAUGAAUAUUGUCAAAUUCCGGAAUAUUUUGGCCACGUCUAUUGUUACAGGAGCCGCUGCAGCCAGCAGUUCCUCGUUCGAGAACUUUUAGCUUUUGAUCCUUGUAAUCUGGAACGUGGUGUCUUUGUUGAUUCUUUCAAAUUACAAUCGGCCUGUAGUUGUCGUUUUUCACGAACGGCUUGUUAG